AUGGCACAAGACGCUCCGGGGCCCCUCCCAACUCAACUUGUUUUCCUUUCAGAGAUCCCUAAUCUUUCUUCUGGGACGAAAAUCCGCUUUCUGGGGUGUGUAUCAAAAUACGCAGUUGCAAAAGGCGUUCUCACCCUUGAAAGCCCUCCCACAGCGGACCAGCAUCGAUCCUAUGGGCUCGCAAGGCCUGCCAUAGACGUCAACAUCAACCUCCUACUUGGCUCCCUUAGCCAUUCAGAAGUUGAUAUUGGAAGCUGGAUCAAUAUUGUCGGCUACGUGAGGCAGCUGGUACCAGCGCCCAAUACCACACGUCAGUAUCAACUGUCUAGGGCAGGAAGCAAAGACAAGGCACCCCAGUCGGUAUACGUUGAAGCAUUGAUGAUUAUUCCAGCCGGCGGAAUCCGGAUUGGCGAAUAUGAAAGGGUGGUAUCCGAGUCUAGGGAAUUGUAUAGGAGGUUAAAGUCUUCUAGCUGA